GCAGAGGUCAGGUAUGGAUACCUUCGAGUGGAUCUCUCCACUUAAUGUUUCAGAGAAUCAGUGUUACGAACAGUAAUCUAUUGUUACUCCUUGGUUAAAUGUUAAAUGUAUGCUUUAGUUGGCUGCAUGAAUGUCUUCCUAGACUGGAGGCUGUAGGUUUUACAUAUUGAUUAAUCAAACCAUGUUUUUAAAACUAGCCAUUUUGCAUUAUUUCACUUAGUCAAGUUAUUUUACUAAUUUGAACCUACCGAUUACAUAAAAUUAUAAUUUUGUAUCAUUCUGAUUUACUUACUUUUCUGGUUUCUUUCUUUCUUUCUUCUCUAAAAUAAUGUAACUGGUUGUCAGUUCAUCUGGGGAGGAUCAGUCAAUGAAUAGCUUGACUCAUUUGUAUAAGCUUUUAACUAACCAGAAUUGAGUACUUCAACCAACACUGCAGAAUUAGGGCUGCCUGGACCUUUGUGGAACCGUGUAAAAACUGUGUGGAAUGGACAGAAUAGAUGGACAAAUAGAGGAGAGAGGGCACUGGGGUAGUAAAGCAGAGUUUCUUCUGGCUGUGGCAGGGAAUGUGAUUGGACUGGGUAAUGUGUGGCGGUUUCCUUACCUCUGCUACAAGUAUGGAGGAGGGGCAUUCCUGAUACCCUACAUGGUGUUUGUUGUUACCUGUGGGAUGCCUCUGUUCCUACUAGAGACUGCAAUGGGACAGUACACACAGGAAGGGGGCAUUACAUGUUGGCAUCGCCUCUGUCCACUGGUUGAGGGUAUUGGCUAUGCAGGACAACUGAUUCUUCUGUACAGCUGCAUGUAUUACAUCAUCAUUCUGGCAUGGGCACUUUUCUACCUCUUCUUCUCUUUCAGCUCCCAACUGCCAUGGGCCAGCUGUGACAACACCUGGAACACAGAUGACUGUGUAAAUCUUGCUGCAAAGAAUUUUACCAUCAACUGGACAUCUCUAAAUUCAACACCUGCAGCUACUGAGUUCUGGGAAAAAAGAGUGCUGGUGCUCUCUCGGGGUAUUGAAGAGGUCGGUAAGAUCAACUGGGAGAUUCUUCUGUGUCUCAUUGCAAUGUGGAUCAUAUGUUAUUUCUGUAUCUGGAAAGGAGUCAAAUCUACAGGCAAGGUGGUUUAUUUCACAGCCACAUUUCCUUAUGUGAUGCUACUGGUGUUGCUGAUUCGUGGGUUGACUCUUCCUGGAGCUCUGCAGGGGGUUAUGUUUUACCUGUACCCUGAACCGUCCCGUCUCACUGACCCACAGGUUUGGUUGGAGGCUGGAGCUCAGAUCUUAUUUUCCUACAGUGUGUCUGUUGGCACUCUCACUGUUUUUGGCAGCUACAAUAAAUACAACAACAACUGCUACAGAGACUGCUUGUGGCUUAGCCUUCUGAACAGUGGCACCAGUUUUGUGGCUGGCUUUGCUGUGUUCUCGGUUUUGGGCUUCAUGGCCCAGGAGCAGGGCGUCCCCAUUGAAGAGGUGGCAGAAUCAGGUCCAGGACUAGCAUUCAUAGCUUAUCCACAGGCAGUAGCUAUGAUGCCUUUCCCUCAGUUGUGGGCUGUUUGUUUCUUCAUCAUGAUUAUUUUGCUGGGGCUAGAUACACAGUUUGCUUCAAUGGAAGCUGUCAUAACAUCAGUGAUAGACCUGUUCCCUGCGGUGCUGCGCAAAGCAGGACGACGAGAAAUUUUACUCCUAGUCUUCUGUCUCACUUGCUUCUUUGGACAACUCGUCAUGGUUACAGAGGGGGGGAUGUACGUUUUCCAGUUGUUUGAUUACUAUGCCUGUAAUGGAGCCUGUGUUCUGUUCCUGUCUGUAUUUGAGUCUCUGGCCAUGGGUUGGAUUUUUGGGGCUGAGAGAAUGUUUGACAUUAUUGAAGACAUGACAAAGUCACGCCCCAACUACAUAUUCAUGCUGUGCUGGAAAUACCUGACUCCUCUCGUGUCCCUGUUGUCGUUCAUCUGUUCUAUGGUGGAGUACCAGCCCCUGACAUUUAACCGCUGGUAUGUGUACCCGGACUGGGCGUACGCACUAGGCUGGUUACUGGCCCUGUCCUCCAUUCUGCUGGUGCCUGCAUGGGCACUGGGCCGAAUGUGUGCUGAGAAAGGCAGUAUGAAACAGCGUUGGCAUCACCUGUGUAGUCCUGAUACAGAGCUUCCUCUCACAUCUAAACAAUUAGCUGAAAUGAAGGAAACUGCUUUCACUGCAGAGAUGGAAAACUUAGUCAGGACGAACACAGAGGAACAUCAAAAUGGACUUUGAAAGAAAAAUGAUUAUGUUUUGUAAUCAGUCUUUUCAUUACUAUACUAAUAAAUAACAACCUACAGAAAAAAGUCCCAAAAUUUAUUUCUUCGCCUAAAGCAUCAGAUAAUAUUUCCUCAACACACAGGUUAGAGUCAGAGGAUAUGCCUAAACCAGGUUGUUUCAGACAAACUCUGUAUUUUUGGUCUCAGUUCUUUAAUUCAGACUGAAACAUUUUUUAGGAUUUUUUCUGGCUCUCAUCAUCAGUACUGCACAGAACAUAUCUAUUUAUUGUUUCACCUUGUGACUUCCUCGUUGUUCUCACCUGUGUCUUGUUUUCCCAAUUAACCCUUGUGUAUUUAGCCCUCAUUUUUCAUUGUUUCCUGUUCAUUGUCAGGUUUGGUCCAUUUGGGGCUGGUUUAUGGGUCUUAGUUCUUGGUUUUAGUCUUAGUUCUUAUUUUGUUUCUUGUUCCUGAGUUUCUUGUAUCCUUGUGAUUAUUUAUUCAUUAAAUACAUUGCAUUUAGAUCCAUACCCUUGCUAUCUAAAACUCAUUACAGAUUCUUCUUCAUUAUAGAAGACCUAGUCUUGCGUAGCCAGACCUUCAGACUAACGGCAGAAGGUCUGGACUCUAUCGCAGCUUUCAUUGGCUAAGGACCGCCCAAGAGGACAUUUGACUGAUAUUUUAGACUGAUAUUUUAUUUUUUUGUUCCAGGUCAUGUUUAGGGGCAUGAAAAUUAAAGUCGAUGUCCCUAUAAUAACAGACCGCCGUGCAUCUAUAAAUUAAUCAUUCAAGAACGAUGUGCAAGUUUACU